AUAUCUUUGAGAAGAGAACAACUUUCGCUUGGCGUCGCAACUUACAUUUUCUUCACUUUUACUUUUUAUAAGGUUCGGUUUUUUGAUCUUCAAAAUAAAUUUAUUACAAAUCAAAGUGUGUGAUAGUGAGGUUAAGGAUAAAAAGAACCUACAAAACUAAAGUUCUAUUGGCAUUUUUAAUUAAAUAUCCUUCGUGAAGAAGUGAAGAACCGUUUUUUCGGGAGUUUUUUGCAGCUGCUUUUUUUUCAACAAAAGUAUCCCAGACUACAACUACUUUCGCUUUUCUUUGUCGUUCCUGGAAGGUCACAUAAACGGCUUCAAAAUUAAUUACUCAAAGUAUCAUCAUAAUGCUAUGUCCUUAUCGGCCAUUGCAAAGCCGAUAUUGUACUCUUACUGGCGUAGCUCCUGUUCAUGGCGAGUUCGUAUCGCAUUGAAUUUGAAGGAAAUACCUUAUGACAUCAAGCCAAUUAGUCUCAUCAAAUCUGGAGGAGAACAGCAUUGCAAUGAGUAUCGUGAAGUUAAUCCAAUGGAACAAGUUCCUGCUCUUCAGAUUGAUGGACAUACAUUGAUUGAAUCUGUUGCCAUAAUGCAUUAUCUCGAAGAGACAAGACCCCAACGACCUCUGCUGCCACAAGAUGUCCACAAAAGGGCUAAGGUUCGUGAGAUUUGUGAGAUUAUUGCAUCGGGCAUUCAGCCCUUGCAAAAUCUCAUUGUCCUCAUUCAUGUUGGUGAGGAGAAAAAGAAGGAAUGGGCUCAACACUGGAUUACAAGGGGCUUCCGAGCUGUCGAAAAGGUUUUAUCAACUUCGGCUGGGAAAUUUUGUGUUGGCGAUGAGAUUUCUAUGGCCGAUUGCUGCCUAGUUCCUCAAGUAUUCAAUGCCAGGCGAUUCCAUGUUGAUCUUCGUCCUUAUCCAAUUAUUUUGCGUAUUGAUCGUGAAUUAGAGAGUAAUCCAGCUUUUAGGGCAGCUCAUCCAUCAAAUCAGCCCGAUUGUCCACCAGAAUUGCCAAAUAAAUAAAAUAACAGAAAACAAACAAACAGAUAAACAGUUGAUUCAACUAUUCUUUAUGUUUUUUUUUGUAUAUGCAAUUAAAUUGCACUUAAAAAAAAAAAAAUCUAAAAAUACUACUUUUUAAAAAUAUCAUGCUUACAAUAAAGUUUGUUUACCUUUUUUAUAAAAAAACAAAAUAAAAUAAAAUUUCGAUAUAAACUCAAAAAAGAUUUAAAAAAUCAUAAAUAUCUGUGGUCAAAAAUUUAUAAAAAAA